AUGUCUGCUUCCAACACAACCGACUUCACCAACCCCUCCACCUUCAUCCUGCUGGGCAUUCCUGGCCUGGAGGUGGCCCAUGUCUGGAUCUCCAUUCCCUUCUGCGCCAUGUACAUAAUAGCCAUCUUGGGGAACUUCACCAUCCUGUUCAUUGUGAAGAGGGAGCCGAGCCUCCAAGGGCCCAUGUACUAUUUCCUCUACAUGCUGGCCGUCAGCGACCUGGUCCUGUCCACAUCCACCCUACCCAAAAUGCUGAGCAUCUUCUGGUUCAAUUCCAGGGAGAUCAAUUUCAGUGCCUGCCUCACCCAGAUGUACUUCAUUCACUGCUUCUUAGUGAUUGACUCUGGGAUCCUUGUGGCCAUGGCUUUGGAUUGCUACGUGGCCAUCUGUGAUCCCCUGAGACAUUCCACCAUCCUGACAAACCCUGUGGUGGCCAAGAUCGGCCUGGCUUUGCUGCUGCGUGGUGGCAUGCUCGUUCUGCCCUAUCCUUUCCUGGCGAGGCGGUGGCCAUAUUGCAGAACCAACAUUAUCCCACACUUGUUCUGUGAGCACAUGGCUGUGGUGAAGCUAGCCUGUGCUGAUGUCCGCAUCAGUAGUUACUACGGCCUCUCUGUGGCAUUCAUGGUGAUGGGUCUGGAUGUAUUUUUUAUUGCCAUGUCCUAUAUCCAGAUCCUCAGGGCCAUCUUCAGACUCCCCACAAAGGACGCCCGGCUCAAGACUUUUGGGACCUGCGGCUCCCACAUCUGUGUCAUUUUAGCCUCUUACAUCCCAGGUCUCUUCUCUGUCCUUACACACUGGUUUGGCCACAAUGUGGCUGUACAUUUCCACAUUCUGAUGGCUAACGCCUACCUGCUCAUGCCCCCCAUGCUACAUCCCAUCAUUUAUGGGGUGAGCACCAAACAGAUCCGCGACAGGCUGCUCCGGCUACUUACUCAUAAAGGGAUGUAA